GGUCUGGGAAUGCUGAAGAGGGGAGAGGUGGAAAGCUGCAGCUUGAGGGCACUACAGACCACAUGCAAUGGGAAGGAAUGCACGUGGCGUCUUCAUAGUGAAGGGGCAAAUGAAGGGAGCGAGGAACAGCAGGAGGAAAGAAGCAUGGAGGGAGGGCUAUAAUCUUAGGUUGCAGCGUGGCUCUGUCUGAAUGAAAGAACCUCUCUCUCCGUCUUUCACUCUCUCCUGCUCUUUGCUGCAAGUGAGCACAUGUCCAGGGCAAACACAGCUCUAAAUAUUGACCAGAAACUCCACCUGAAGCUGAGGUUUGUGCCUCUUUUUUAGAAGCUGGAUUACUUCUUUGAAAUGGUUUUUUUUUUUUUCUUCCCUCUGAUGGACAGGCAUGCAGAAAAAUAACUUGUUUUUGAGGGACUUUUGUGAUGUACUGAUGAGUUUUUGGAAGAUUUGGACACGUUCUCUGAUUUAGGACUCUGGGACAGAUUUGUGUUGCGUCUUUUCUCCUCACGGUCAGAAGAUUUCACUGACUCUGGAGCUGAUAUUUAGCAUUAUUUGUAAAAGACCAGACUGUUUGAUAAGUUAACCAUAGGUCAGCUUGCAGGCAGAUGCGAGGCCGAGCCUCAUGUGGUUGUAAUGCAGGUCAUCAAACAUGGACACCUAAUCCUCUAAACUUUCUAACGUUUGUGCGCUCACCCAUGCUUGCUAAAUGGCACUGGAAGUAUAACAUGUGCAUAUUGUCAUGCUUUCCUUUUCUCAUACAUUUGUGGUUUCCACUGCCACCUAAAUUGGCGUAUAUCGUUCAAACUGCAUUGAUUUACUCUACUAUUUUGUGUGGUGCAAAACUAUCUUCACUUCUAAGAAAUUAAAUCUGACAGAAAACAUGAGCCUACAAACAUGUACCUUGAUACGCCGAAGGAUUCUAGAAUGCACCUACCUUCAUCGACUCCUCCUGCACAUCCUGCUGUUACUCCUUCAGACCUGGUGGGGGAACUGUCACCCCCAGUGUCUGGACUACAAGCCUCCGUUUGAGCCCCGGCAACCAUUGAUGUUCUGUAAGGAGUAUUCGAAGUUUGGAUGCUGUGAUCUGGAAAAGGAUGAGGAAAUAGCAACCAGGUUUUACAACAUCAUGGACAACUUUGACCAGUCAGGGUUUAUAACGUGUGGCAAAUACAUCCGCAGCAUUCUCUGUCAGGAAUGUUCUCCAUAUGCUGCCCACCUAUACGAUGCUGAGGAUGCUAACACACCAAUGCGAAUACUGCCUGGACUGUGCGACAGUUACUGUUCCUACUACUGGCUCCAGUGCCGGUACACACUGAGCCUCCUGCUGGAGGAGAAUGGGAACGCGCAUCAGUUUGCAAACCUUACUGCUGUGAUAGAAGAGGAUCGUAGGCGGUUUUGUGACUUCCUGGUGCUGAACGACAAACAGUACUGCUAUCCUAAUGUACUGACAGAUGCAGAGCUAAAUGCUAACUUGGGUUUGGUACGUGCGGAUCCCAAAGGCUGCCUAGAGAUAUGCUUACAAGAGGUCGCCAAUGGGCUCCGUAACCCUGUUGCUAUGGUCCAUGCGAAUGAUGGAACUCAUCGGUCCUUUGUCGCAGAGCAGUUGGGUUAUGUGUGGGUGUAUCUGGCCAAUGGCUCCAGAGUGGACCGUCCUUUCCUAAACCUCACGCAGGCAGUUCUCACAUCACCGUGGGCUGGAGAUGAGAGGGGUUUCCUGUGCAUUGCCCUGCACCCAAGGUUCUCUAUGGUGAGAAAAGCCUAUGUUUACUACUCAGUCUCUGUGAAGAAGGAGGAGAGGAUACGUAUCAGUGAGUUCACACUGUCAGCCUAUGAUGAUAACCAGCUCAACCAUUCCUCUGAGAGAACCAUUUUAGAGGUGGUGGAGCCAGCGUCCAAUCAUAAUGGUGGACAGCUUUUGUUUGGCCUUGACGGUUAUCUAUACAUCUUUAUUGGUGAUGGCGGACGUGCUGGCGACCCCUUUGGAGAGUUUGGAAAUGCACAGAACAAAUCAACCCUUCUUGGAAAGGUGCUGCGCAUUGAUGUUGACAACAAUGAUGAUGGCGCCCCCUACAGCAUUCCAUCAGACAACCCAUUUCUGUGGGAGAAGGAUGCUCGACCAGAGAUCUACACCUACGGAGUCCGCAACAUGUGGCGUUGUUCCAUCGACCGUGGUGAUGCUUUCACAAGCCAGGGUCGUGGGCGGAUGUUCUGUGGGGACGUGGGUCAGAACAAAUAUGAAGAGGUGGACCUUAUUGUUAAAGGGGGAAACUAUGGCUGGAGAGCCAAAGAAGGCUUCAGCUGCUACGAUCGCAAACUCUGUCAAAACUCUUCUCUCGAUGAUAUUUCGCCAAUUUAUGCGUACCCCCACAAGUUGGGUAAGUCAGUGACGGGAGGAUACAUCUACAGAGGCUGUCAGAUGCCCAACCUUAAUGGACUCUACAUUUUUGGGGACUUCAUGAGUGGGCGUCUGAUGUCUUUGAAGGAGAAUGUCACUACAGGUCGGUGGAAGUACAAUGAGAUCUGUAUGGGCGGAGACCAAACCUGCAGAUUCCCUAAACUCAUCAACAGUUACUACAGAUACAUCAUCUCCUUUGCUGAGGAUGAAGCAGGUGAGUUGUAUUUCCUCUCCACCGGGGCUCCAAGUGCGACUGCCAGAGCAGGAGUCAUCUACAAGAUUGUAGAUCCUUCGAGGAGAGCACCACCAGGAAAAUGCACCGUCAAGCCUUCUCCAGUUCAGAUAAAAGGAAAGUUGAUUCACUUCUACCCUAAACAAGAGUUUGUGAUCAACAAGAAACCAACCACCACACCCGUUCCAACAACAACACGAAAAACAACAACUCGAAAGACACCACUGCCAACAACAACAACGAACGCGCCACCACGAAGAAAGUCAGUAAUACCAGCGACCACAAGAAAGUCAUCAAGAACCGCACCAACAGAAAAAACACCAACAACGAAAACAACCACAAAAAUAAAAGCAGCAAUGGCAACAACUGUGCCCAUGGCCAAGACAACUCCUGCCGCGACCACACCCGCUGGUUACCGCUCCAUUGCCAUGACUACAGCUUCCUCUCGAAUUACCCACGAAAGCCAUCGUCCGACCCCAAUCCUCCAACAGAGAAAACCUGCACAAUAUCCAAUAAGUACCACCUCCCAACCCUUAACCUCACCACAGCGCCCUGUUUCUACUACGACAGCACCCCUGAAAGAGCUCCCGAUGACCUCUGUGCGAUACCCCCAGUUUCAUGGAGUGCUGACCACAACCUGGCAGCCAUAUUGGAGUCAGAAGCCACCGGUAUCAUCCUACAAACCCCACAGACCCACAUUCAACACCACACUGCCAAAAACCCAGGAAGAGAAGCUGCGGCUUGGUGAGAAACUGGAAAACACCAGAGAAAUUAACCAAAUACACAAGCGGCCCAGAGGACGAGGUCAAGCUUCCAAGUGGGGAAGAGGAGGUAGAAGGUUGCGGGCUGGCUUGGUGCGGCUGGUGAGCGCUGAUGGUUUACCAGAUCGAGGAAGAGUUGAGAUCUUCAUUCUUGGGGAGUGGGGGACGGUGUGCGAUGACCUUUUCACCAGUAAAGCAGGUACUGUUGUGUGUCGACAGCUUGGCUUCACCACAGUGGUGGAGGUGAUGAAAAGGGCAGCGCUGGGGGAGGCAGAUAGCAGCACCCGGAUCCUGUUGGAUGAUGUGCAGUGUGAGGGUGGGGAGAGAUCGCUGCUACAGUGUAAGCGAGCCAAGGUUGGGAAACACAACUGCACACACAAAGAGGAUGUAGGGGUGAUCUGCGGUUAACAGUGAGGUGAUGUGAGUAAAGCCGGUCUCCCAUUGCUGAUUUUUGACAACUGAUUGUGUACUUCUUUUGGCACAAAAACAACUGGAUACCCAACUAGCAUAUGAAAACAGGCGUAUUCUGUGGUAAUCAUGGCAUUAUAGAAUGUUGUAACCAAUUGUGAAAGUUUUGAACAUGUUCAAAAACUUUGUGAUGUCAGAACACAUGAUGAUCCACAAAAUAAUUUAAUUUGUGCAGAUAGGAGGUACUAUGCAUAUUUUACUAUAUUUUUUUCUGAAGGGUUUGGUUUUUAUUUCAUUAGUGCAUCUUGAAAUAAAUCAUUGCUGCUUAAAUAUGGAUUUGACUGCU